UUUUUCAUCUUCCUUGAAUUUUUUAUCACUCAAAAAAAUUUCUGUUAUUACUUCAUUAUGUGCAGUUUUAAUGUCUUUUAUUGAGAAUGAUUUUGCUAUCUUUUUUAGUUGUUGCUAGGACAUUUUAUUUUAACUAAACCCUGCAUGCUUAUAUGAUCUUUCAAAAGUGCAAAGAGAAACCAUUAAAAUGACAUCCCUAUGCUAAUUAUGUGCUUAAACUUUUUUCACCCUGAAAACAAUCAAUGGAUCUAUAUAGGUACAAACUAGUGAAAGAAUGAUAAGUUAGCUCUUGUUGUGGCUAGUUGAUGUCUUUAGAUGGAGGUAUUGUAUAUCAAUGUUGGAACAGAACCUUUUCAAGUUGUUCAACCGGUAUGAUGUUGAAGUUGAAUUAUUCAUUGUUUAUCCACUUUAACAAUGAUGUUCUUUUAAUCAUUAAAAAGUUUAACCUCUCAAACUAACUCUGUUGCAAGAUUCACGGGUUAAUUAGGCUGAAUUAGUGUGAUUUGUUUGUAUUUUAGUUUCCUAAAAUAGCUAAUGAAUAGUUGUCAAUUAUUUUUUAUUCUCUAGGAUUCUUACCAGAUUUAGCCUCUUGUAUAGUUAUAUAUAUCUGUACCAAUACAGAUCAAAAUAUAUAAAAAACUUUUUUAUACCAUACAAGUUCAUAUGGUAUCAGAGCAGGAACUCUAUUUCCUGAAUUCCUAGCCUUCAUCUGUAUCAACCUAUCUCCUUCCUCUCUAUUCUUUUUCAUCAUCAUGUCUGAGAUUUCAGAGACAACCAACAUUACAGACCUACCUACAUCCACGACUACCACUCAGGUUCCCACCUCGGAAUCCCACUCUAUUCAAAUUACCACGAUUAAACUAAAUGGAGAGAAUUUCUUGCGCUGGUCUCAAUCUAUGUGCAUGUAUAUCUGUGGUAGGGGCAAGAUGGGAUAUUUGAUUGGAGAAAAGAAGGAACCUGCAUCUGAUGAUUCUAGCUAUGCUACGUGGGACGCGGAGAACUUGAUGGUGAUGACAUGGUUGGUGAAUUCGAUGGAGGAAGACAUAAGCUCCAAUUAUAUGUGCUAUCAUACGGCUAAGGAGCUUUGGGACAAUGUCAACCAAAUGUACUCAGACUUGGGAAAUCAAUCUCAGGUAUAUAAGUUGACUUUGAAGUUGGAAGAAAUCCGCCAAGGUGAGGAUACUGUCACUAGGUAUUUUAAUUCCUUGAAACGUCUUUAGCAAGACUUGGACCUCUUCAAUGAUUAUGAAUGGAAAUGUACUCAUGAUUGUAACCAUUAUAAAAAAAUGGUGGUGGAUAAUCGUAUUUUUAAGUUUCUUAUUGGACUUAAUAUGGAGUUUGAUGAAGUUAGAGGCAGGAUCAUCGGUAGACAACCGCUUCCAUCUAUUGGUGAAGUGUUCUCUGAAGUCCGCCGUGAGGAGAGUCACCGUCUUGUUAUGCUCGGCAAGAAAAACCCUGGCAGUCCUAUUGAAAACUUUGCUCUUGCGGUUGGGGUGAAUGCUAGUCGAAAUACUAACAAGAAAUCCAAUGACAAGCCUCGUGUUUGGUGUGACUAUUGCAACAAACCACGUCAUACACGUGAGACAUGCUGGAAACUUCAUGGAAAGCCAGCAAAUUGGAAGGGCUCUCAUGAAGGACGGUUUAAUAAGACUCCUGCUGCACAUGAGGCAAAUUCGGCCUCCUUCAACAAAGAGCAAAUUGAUCAAAUCCUGAAAUUGUUGAAGUUCAACUCAGGUUCAUCUAGUGCUCCUAAUGCUUCAGUGGCUCAAGUAGGAACUGAACUCGGAGAAGAUGAUUGGCAGUGCUAAAUUAAUCAAUGGCCUCUAUUAUUUUGAAGAUCAAGAUUCCAAGAAUAAAGAAGCUCAAGGCUUAAGUGGUAUUAGUUCUACUCUAGUUAAGGAUAAAAUUAUGCUUUGGCAUUAUAGACUAGGGCAUCCUAGUUUUCCUUAUCUUAAAAAACUAUUUCCUAGUUUAUUUAAAGGAUUAGAUUGUUCUAAACUAUAUUGUGAGAAUUGCAUUUUAUCUAAGAGUCAUAAGACUGUUUAUAAUCCUAAAACUUAUCAAGCUUCAAAACCAUUUUACUUAAUCCAUAGUGACAUUUGGGCCCGUCAAGGAUUAAUACACCCUCUAAUAAAAAAUGGUUUGUGACGUUUAUUGAUGAUCAUACCCGUUUAUGUUGGGUUUACCUAAUGUCGGAAAAAUUUGAGGUUGAAAAACUAUUUAAAAUAUUUUACUCAAUGAUUGAAAACCAUUUUGAAACCAAAAUUGGGAUUCUUCACACAGAUAAUGGAACUGAAUACUUUAAAGGAAUUCUUGGAAGUUUGGGAUUCAUCAUCAAACUACUUGUGUCGAUACACCUCAGCAAAAUGGUAUUGCUAAGCGCAAAAAUAAAUAUGUUCUUGAAGUUUCUCGAGUUAUUAUGUUUUCAAUGAAUGUUCCUAAAUAUUUAUGGGGAGAAGUUGUCUUAACUGCAUCUUAACUUAUUAAUAGAAUGUCUACUCGUGUUUUGAACUAUAUUACUCCGUUUGAUUGUUUAAAAAUUUUUUUUCCUGAAUCACGAAUACCUUCAAAUCUUCCUAUUAAAAUAUUUGGGUGCACAGCAUAUGUCCACAUAAAUAGUAAAGGAAGAUCUAAACUUGAUCCGAGGGCAGAAAAAUGUAUUUUUAUUGAUUAUGCUCCAAACAAAAAAGGAUACAAGUGUUUUAAUCCACAAACUAAAAAAGUAGUUGUCUCUAUGGAUGUUACAUUUCUUGAAAGUCAACCUUUCUUUCAAAAAAUUUCUCUUCAGGGGGAGAUAGGAGAAGAAGGAAAUUUUUAGGAUAUUUCUGCUAUUCCUUUACCUAAAAUCAUUGAUUCUACUGAUCUUAUUACACCUAUUACCGGUUCUAUACCUAGUCCCACAUCUAAAAAUAAACUUUUAAAUAAAGAGGAAACUAAUAAUACUGAGGAAACAAGUGAUCCUGAAUCUGUUUUGCCAAACAUUUCUGAAUCCUCAACAGGGGGAGAAAUACAACCCAUAGUUCUCACAGAACAUGGUAAAAAGCUCCUAACUUAUUCAAGGAAGAAAGGUCAUAAAAAAAGGGUCAUGGUUCCUUUAGCACCAGUUCAAUCAGCUGCUCCGAGAACAGAACCUGAAACUACUCCAGGUAACAUUCCUCUUAUUCAUACUCAUGUCCCUAAUGACCCAAAUGUUGAUUUUAUUCCUUAUCCAGUACCUAAUACUGAGUCUAGUGAUCUAGAUAUUCCUAUAGCUAUUAGGAAAGCUAAACGUACCUCUCAUCCUACAUCCCGAUAUCUUUCCUAUGCUAAACUCUCAAAGAAACAUAAUGUCUUUAUAUCUAAGUUAUCUAACUUGUUUAUCCCAAGAAACAUACAAGAAGCACUCGAUGAUCCUGAUUGGAAAUCAACAGUAAUGGAAGAGAUUAAUGCUCUGAAGAGAAGUGGAACGUGGGAAGUUGUUGAUUUACCCAAACAUAAAAAAACCGUUGGGUGUAAAUGGGUGUUUACAGUGAAAUGUAAGGCAGAUGGAAGUAUUGAGAGAUACAAGGCGAGAUUAGUUACUAAACGGUUUACUCAAACAUACGGAAUUGAUUAUUAGGAAACCUUCGCCCCUGUUGCAAAAAUCAAUUCCAUCCGGGUAUUAUUGUCUUUAGCUGCUAAUUAUGAUUGGCCAUUACACCAGUUAAAUGUCAAGAAUGUGUUCUUGAAUGGGGAUUUAGAAGAAGAGAUGUUUAUGAGCCCACCUCCAGGAUUUGAGAUGAUGGGACAGGAUAAAGUCUGUAGACUUAAAAAAUCCCUAUAUGGCCUUAAACAGUCUCCGAGAGCUUGGUUUGAACGUUUUGGAAAAGCCGUGAAAAGCCAUGGUUAUCAUCAAAGCCAGGCUGACAACACAAUGUUUUAUAAGCGAUCGGAGAAAGGUAAAAUCUCUAUCUUAAUUGUCUAUAUAAAUGAUAUAAUCUUGACAGGUGAUGAUUCUGAAGAAUUAGUAAACAUAAAGAAGAAGUUGGCACGAGAUUUUGAGAUUAAAGAUCUGGGAUUAUUAAAAUAUUUCCUUGGUAUGGAGUUCGCUAGAUCAAGAAAGGGUAUCUUUGUAAACCAAAGGAAAUAUAUCCUUGAUCUUCUCAGUGAAACAGGUCUCCUAGGUUGUAAAGCUGCAGAUAGUCCACUUGACGCUAAUUUGAAACUUGAUCCAGCUAAAGCUAAAGAUGUGAUUGAUAAGGAAAAAUUUCAAAGACUUGUAGGGAAGUUAAUCUAUCUGUCACAUACCCGUCCUGAUAUAGCUUUUGCUGUGAGUAUGGUUAGCCAAUAUAUGCACUCACCUGGACGAGAACAUUUUAAUGCAACGUAUAGAAUACUAAGAUACCUAAAAGGAACUCCUGGAAAAGGCCUUAUGUUUCGGAAGAAUAACAACCUACAAAUAGAAGUCUACACUGAUGCAGAUUGGGUCGGUUGUACUACUGACAGACGUUCUACUUCAGGCUACUGCACCUUUAUUGGAGGAAAUCUUGUUACAUGGCGGAGUAAAAAGCAAAAUGUUGUGGCUCGAAGUAGUGUCGAGGUUGAGUUCAGGUCUCUUGCUCAUGGGAUUAGCGAGGCAAUUUGGUUGAAAAGAUUGUUUGAAGACUUGAAGAUCUCGGUGUCUUAUCCUAUGAAAGUAUAUUGUGAUAACAAGGCAGCCAUUUCAAUCACUCACAACCCGGUUUUACACGACAGAACGAAACACAUUGAGGUUGACAAGCACUUCAUCAAAGAGAAGAUUGAAAGUGGGUUAAUUUGUCUCUCCUAUGUACCAACUACAGAUCAAAUAGCAGACAUACUCACCAAAGGGCUACACAAGGGACAGUUUGAACUUCUAGUUAGCAAGCUAGCUAUGGAAAACAUCUUCAAGCCAGCUUGAGGGGGAGUGUUGCAAGAUUCACAGGUUAAUUAGGCUGAAUUAGUGUGAUUUGUUCGUAUUUUAGUUUUCUAAAAUAGCUAAUGAAUAGUUGUCAAUUAAAGCUGUCAAUUAUUUUUUAUUCUCUAGGAUUCUUACCAGAUUUAGCCUCUUGUAUAGUUAUAUAUAUAUGUACCAAUACAGGUCAAAAUAUAUGAAAAACUUUUUUUUACCAUACAAGUUCAUAAACUCUG